AUCUGAAAACAAAAAGUAAGUUUAUAUAUUUAUAUGUUUCUUGAUAAAUUAAGAAUUGGAUUUUAUUUUAAUCGUAGACACGCAUAUUAUCGCGCUACAUAUGAUCGCGUUUUAAUUGAUGAUUCACGAUUAUAGCAAUCAAUUAUAAUUUGUCAUUAUAUUAAACGAAACUUACGUGUCACGAGAUUUCCUCCUCUCAUUUCUUCUCGUGAAAUCCAACGGGCGAACAAGCGAAGCGUUUACACCGUCAGGAAUUAGAAAAUACUAUUUCCUGGACGGACGAAGAGCUUUACUUUCCAAUAUACGGAUUGUAUGGUUAUCGCCAGAAUGCCGCGGGCACGUUUCGGCACGACGUUGUGUAAAUGCACAGACGGGCCAGCGACCGUCUGUGUGUAUUCGGGAAAGAUGUUUAUUAUCAGUAAACUGAACUCUUUGCGGUAUCCCCCUUCUCUGCUUGUUCUCCACCCUCCGCGAGGUAGACUUCGACUUUCAUAUCAGUCGCCGUGUAGCCGUGCCUGGCCUCGUAUAUUUUACUCGCGCCGAUAUACAUUCCGCCGCUUAUAAUGCCGAUCAACGGUAUUUGGCUCUCGCAUAAUCGGGCCCUCCGACGAGUGCAAAUAUCAAUCGCAUUUCUCGCAGAUCGACGACGAUGAUCAAUGACCAUGCAACGUGCGUACAUCCGUAAUUGGAAUGAUUCGCGUUCGUGCAUUUUUUCUCACAAUAUCUUGUAAGGCGUCAAAGUACUCAAGGAGAUAACGAACGGCUUGUAUCAGUUCACGCAUUUAUCAAUUGACAAUAAUAUUGACGUAAAAAAGAAAAAAAAAAGAAAACGACUCUCCGGUAAAUGAUAGCUGUUAGUUUUAUUAUUUGUACGUACCUACCAUUUAAUUUAUGCGUAAUCGUCAAAAGUUAAGCCAUUUAAAAUGCUAGUUUUGAGAAAAUCUCUCAAGAUGCGAAAUGGAAUUGCGAAACUAUACGUCGAAGUGAACUAUGAGUACUAAUGGUAGAAAAAGAAACGGGAAGAACCGAAUGAGCGGAGAAGAAACUGCAGAAGAAGAAGAAGAAGAAGAAGAAGAAGAAGAAAACGCGGCGAAGAACGGAGUUCUAUGGCGCUCCAAGUAUUCGUCAAGGUCAUUCUCGCAAGCCUCCCACGCCUUGUGUGUUACUUUCAUCACGGGGGUAUCGAUGCAUUUUUCAGGGGUAAAAUAUCAUUGGGAGUCUGCGAUGAGUUCUACGUGUAGCAUAACGUUGGAUAGCAUAACGCUAACAUAGUGAAGGGUCUAAGCCAAGUUGAAAGAGAGGCGGAAAACAACGUACUUCGAUGAAGAGAAGAACAGAGUAACGAGGUAAGACGGCACGAUGAAGAAGAAGUGUAAUUCAAUCGGUGAUAGUGAGAUAGACGAGAAACAUCGAAGAGAGAAAAAUAGCUGAAGAAGAAGAGACGGGCGGAUGAGGUACAGCGGGCCUCGUGACGUCAGACACGCGUACCAGGAGGCCCUAGGUGGAGGGGCAAGAUCAUCCACCACCACCUUUGGAGGCCACGAAAGCCUCACGGGGACCAGCAGCUAGCAGCAGCCAGCGGCGGUGGUCUCGCCGGCCGUUUGUCGUAGAGUGGGGGCAGGAAGAGGGGUACUCCUGGACCUGGCCAGGCUAAAGAAACAACGCAGGAGUACCCACCGAAACCCAUCCUGCAUUUCCCACCACCGGCUCGUCCGGAAAACGUGCUAGCUUCCGGACGUCGUCCGAGUUCAGUCAAGUGAGUCGACUCGCACGUACCUCCUCUCCGACGAAAACGAUUACGGAGGGUUCCGCUCCGGAAAGGCGGGAGUGUUGGCGCGUGCCCAUGAGAAUUUAAAGAGCCCGGUACCGCUAGGGAGAACGUCGGUACAGUUGAAGAAACCCGGCUUAGAAUAAUUCUCCGAUCAAAUCCGACGACACUUAGGAUGUAGAAAGAUCCUCGUAGACCCCUUCAACUUUGAUACUUGGUAUCACAACCUAAUAACCGGUGUGGUGAUCGUACGUCGGCUCUUUUCGAUAUCAACAAAAAAAAAAAAAAGAAAAAAAGAAAGAAUAGGAUCUGCCUUUGAUUUCUCGGGAGGUUGUAGCCUCGCGUCAAUUCCCCGAUCGGUCGAUCGUUCGUGUUCCGUUCAGGUUCUCCCAGUGAACCAUCAUUGGCCAGCCGCUUUGGUCGGCCGCGCGCGGAGUUUAUCAACUACGGGGAUCACAUCGGGUGUAAGAGUGCGUGCACGGGGGGUUGUGUGAUGCCCUGGUUAUGGUUAAGCGUGAGUGAGGUCAGUGGCAAGAGGCGGAAGAGAAUAAUUGGUAGCAAAACGUCAAGCGGAUUGUCACCCUCAUUGUCGUUGCCGCCGUCGCCGCCGCCGCCGCCGUCGUCGACGUCGUCGUCGUCGUCGUCGUCACCGUCGUUCUGCCAGCCAUUCUGGAGACGACGAGAGCAGUGACCGCGCAAGGUCGACCUCGAGGCAGAGGCACGCGAUUAUGGUGCACCAUCAUCAUCGUCGCCGCGGCCUCCAGGCGACCCAUCACUGUGCCAUUGGGAGUCGCGUAGGCACAUGCACCUCGCUCUUCCAGAUUUUCCUGUUAAUCCUCAGCCUCUGGCUGCCCGUGCUCGAUAACGGUGGUCUUGCUCUGGCGUGCGGGCCGGGCAGAGGCGCCGGCCGACGGCCGAAUCUGAGGAAGCCUACUCCUCUGGUCUUUAAACAGCAUGUGCCAAAUGUCAGCGAGAAUACUUUGCCCGCAAGUGGACUCAGUGAGGGACGGAUAACUAGAUAUGACCCCAAGUUCCGAGACUUGGUACCCAAUUAUAACUCGGACAUUAUCUUCAAGGACGAGGAGGGCACCGGCGCUGAUCGCCUCAUGACACAGAGGUGCAAGGAGAAACUCAACACUUUGGCGAUCUCGGUGAUGAACCAAUGGCCUGGGGUGAAAUUGCGGGUGACCGAGAGCUGGGAUGAGGGAGGCUCCCACGCUUCAGAUUCCUUGCACUACGAGGGACGAGCUGUCGACGUGACGACGAGCGACCGGGAUCACUCCAAGUACGGGAUGCUGGCGAGGCUCGCGGUUGAGGCUGGAUUCGACUGGGUCUAUUACGAGUCUAGGUCGCACAUACAUUGCUCCGUCAAGUCCGAAUCGUCUUCAGCGGGCAAGUCUAGCGGCUGUUUCCCCGGAAGGAGCCUGGUCCGUAUGGAAGACGGCAGCACAAAGAGGCUGGACGAGGUGCACCUCGGCGAGCGUAUCGCCGCUCUGGACUCCCGUGGCGACGUUGUAUACAGCGAGGUGAUAGCCUUCCUGGACCGUGCGCCGUCCGAGAGGAGGCAGUUCAUCCGCUUGACGACCAAGUCCGGCCGUGUGCUGACGUUAACGCCAACGCACCUGGUGCCGGUGGAGGAUCGGUCGUCGAUAUUCGCCGGCAGCGUGCAACCAGGCGACAGGAUCCUCGUGAGUGACGCCGGCGCGGUGAGCGCGGCGAACGAGGUGGACGAUCGUCUACGAUGGGACAGCGUCAUCGAGACGAAGCUGGUCCUUGAGGACGGGGUUUACGCCCCGCUUACGAUGGAAGGCACCCUCCUCGUGGACGACGUCGUCGCGUCCUGCUACGCCAUCGUCAACAGUCAGUCGGUGGCGCAUUACUCCUUCCUACCGUUGAGGAUCUGGCACAGGAUCACAUCCUUCUUCCUGCAAAGGCUGGACGAGCCGCAACACUUUGAAGCGAGACACCGCAACGGAACGGAGCCGACGACGGGAGAAGGGCAAAAGGGCGUCCACUGGUACGCCUCGAUGCUCUACUCGCUGGCCCCCUACGUUCUGCCGUCGAAGAUGCUCUACAACUGAGAUCUACGAUAAGAACAAUAGACCUCCGUGCUCCGAGUGAAGUGUCGAAUGAAUAAUCGAGGGCAAGCUCGAGUAUUCAGCACAAAUUUGACUUUUUUUUAGACUUUUUAAAGUCAUGAAACUUAGUGUUAAUUAAUCAUCGAGAUAUUUUCUUAUCUCUCGAAACUUCCUUUUUUUCUAUAGAUCAUCGCCGUGGAUUACGCGCGUAGAACAAAAGAUGUUGUAGAGGAAAAACACAAGUUGGCCAGUGUUCACCGAAUGACGUGUAAUAUAUUAGAUCUUUAAGACGAUAGAAAAAUGAAAAAAUAGAGCUUUAGGAAAGAAGUCGGAAUUUUUCUCUUCACAUUCUAAAUGUGUAUAGACAAUAAACCAAUAUGCAAAUAUUUUUUUCUCCAAUUUUUAGUGUUUUGCAAAGCGGGUGCGUUCCCCGUAUACAUGUUUCUGAAGUCGAAGGAAAUUGCCUUUGUGUCACGAAACAAGUGUGUAAAAAUAUUAAUAGUUGCCGACUGUUUUAUUGUAAUGUUAUUCCAAACAAACUUCUUAAUGUACGUGCGAGCAACAAGAAAAUGUCUAUAUUUUAUAAUUAUAUAUUGUUGAAAUCGUAAUUAAUUUAAAGAAAUGAAGCAGUAUGUUUAUUUUAAGUAGGAUCUAUAUAUAUAACGCGUUUUUAUGAUAUAAUAAAAGAUUAUUGUAUAUACCCUUUUUUGUUUUUCCCCCCCUUCCUUAAUGCAAUGAGAAGGGGGCUGCUUCUUCUUCUUUCUUAUUAUUAACAUUACUUAUAUAUUGUAUGUAAUUUAGUGUUGCAUAUUCGAGUUUAAUCAAUUUGCACUUUUUUCUUUUAAAAUAAAAUCGGUAUAUGUAGAUUUCAAUUUUAAAAGACAGAAAUGGAAGAAAUAAAGUGCGACUAAAGAACAAAUUUUAUAGAUAUUUAUUGUCAUCGGUUAUGGCAGUAACUAUCGAAUACCGCUGUAUAAUAAUGUUAAAUCGUGUUGCUCUCGCCGUGUCAUAUUUUUAACAAUAGUCAAUUAUAAUCAACAUAUUAACAGUUAAUUAAUUAUUUUAAUAAUAU